GUCAGCUUGUUGAUCGGCCGUGAGGCUGUAUAAUUUGUGCACCGCCGAACUCGCUGAUCCACUCCCGUUCAGAACAACCCUCAGUUUUUUUUUUGUUUUUUUUUUAACCUAUGCUAUUCGUUCAAAUGCUCAUUGUCAGUACACGUCUUUAUGCCACAAUGAAUUAGACUGUUAAGCGUUUGUGUGCCAGCGCUAGUAUGAAAAAGAUCAACAGAGGGCGAUCUGAGCUCGGCCGAAUCAGUGCGCGUAUCUCUCGCCGCCGAGAACCCAGGUCACGGUCAAAUGCGAGGGCAGAGUUGGCCCAGAACAGUGUUGCGUAAAUAUGAUUUGCGCAGAGCUAGCUGCCUCCCGUCAUCUCCAGCCCUUGUGCCAAGCUAAUACGUCCCGGACCAGAUGAAACUGAUUGUCAACCCUUCCAUCCAGCUCCUGGUUUGUCCUUUUCCUGCCUUUGAAUCACUGAUGCAGUUGUCAUGAUGGCCAAAGAAAUACCGUAGGACCUUUAAAGAAUGAACUUUCCAAACCACUGGAUUGUUUGGAGGGAACAACCAUCGAAGAUCAAACAAAACCACCAACAGUAAAAUCGGAUGGCCUUUUCUCAGUUCAAGGAUUCUGCUUCAGGAGGCAAAACCAGUCAUGACUUUUAAAGGAACUGGACUACAGAAGACUUUUCUUUGCAAAAAAAAUUCUAUAGAAUAACUUUGGACAGCUUAGUAUUAAACCACCUGAAACACACAUCAGUCAUUUGAAGUGACGUGGCCAGAAGUGAAAUUGGGAGCACUGCAAGCAAACGACAAAGGCAAGAAAGGAUGAAAACCAUCACUCUUCAGAGGCGUGUUCCUCAAUGCCAUUGUGUCCCUGAUACCCCCUAGUUCCCCCACUGGUCAGUGAGCCAAUCUAGUAAAAUCUGUUGUUUCCUUCAAACAUUCAGAUUGAAAAACGCUUUCCAGAGUCUGUCUUUUUGUUACUCUAGUUCAUAUUGUGAGAAAAUAUCACACUCGAUACGGUGGAGCAGAUACUAUAUAAGGAUCAGAAUGACUGACCAUGUUACAAUACAAACAGGUACUCAGCAGGUGGUAGAAAUCCAAUAUGCUCCAUGACCUGCCUUGUAUUCAGCAGAUAACUUCAGAUUGAUUUGUGAUCCCAUGGAUUAACUUUCAAGUUCUCACACAAAGACCUUUUUAAGUUUGCCCCAACUUUGUGGAGUUUUAUUUGGUAUAAAACUACAAGCGAAAAACUCUUGUCUUCCUGUCUGCAUGUAUCUUUUAUAUUACAUGUAGACCUUUACCGGAUAUCUUUCUUUUUUUUUCUUUACUUCUGUUUUUAAUCAAAAUGGCUCCUUCUUGGACAGCAGGGGCUUGGACACUGUUGGCAGCAUUGAGUCUUCUUGGCUGCUGUAGUUUUGGAUGGUGUGAGGUCUCAAGGACUAGUGGUUCAACUUCAGGAGGGAAUAGACAGGAGCAAGGAGCCUCAUCACUGGAACGAGUUAAGAGAGGAUGGGUCUGGAACCAGUUCUUUGUGGUGGAGGAGUACACGGGCACAGAGCCACUAUACGUAGGAAAGAUCCAUACAGACUCAGACGAAGGUGAGGGCAACAUCAAAUACACUAUAUCUGGAGAAGGGGCAGGCUCCAUCUUUAUCAUCGAUGAGCUAACAGGGGACAUCCAUGCCACAGAGAGACUAGACCGUGAGGAGAAGGCUUUUUACACACUUCGGGCUCAAGCUCGGGACCGGCUCUCCAAUGAUCCUCUGGAACCAGAGUCAGAGUUUGUCAUCAAGGUCCAGGACAUAAACGACAGUGAGCCCAAGUUCUUGGAGGGUCCCUAUAUCGGCAGUGUGGCAGAGCUGUCGCCCAUAGGAACGUCCGUUAUGAAGGUUACUGCAUCAGAUGCUGAUGACCCUACGUACGGCAGCAGUGCCAGAGUGGUGUACAGCGUACUGGACGGAGAAAUGUUUUUCACAGUUGAUAGACACACAGGGAUCAUCAUGACAGCAGUGGCAGAUUUGGACCGUGAGACACAGGAUCGUUACGAGUUGGUCGUCAAGGCAACUGACAUGGCAGGGCAAAUGGGCGGUCUCUCCGGCUCCACCACGGUGACCAUAGUGAUCACAGAUGUUAAUGACAACCCACCGCGCUUCCCACAGAAGAUGUAUCAGUUUUCUGUGUCAGAGGGGGCGGCUAUGGGGACACCGGUUGGACGCGUCAUUGCCACGGAUGCGGACAUGGGAGAGAACACCGACAUGAGCUAUCUGAUCAAAGAGGGAGGGGAGCUCUUCAAGGUCACUACUGAUGUAGAGACACAGGAAGCUGUUGUCUCUAUCAAGAAGCCACUUGACUUUGAGAGCAAGGACACACACAAUGUUGUGUUGGAGGCAGUAAAUAAGCAUGUUGACCCUCGCUUCGUGGACCUGGGCUCCUUCCGAGACCAGACCAUUGUCCACGUCAGCGUGUCGGACAUUGAUGAGCCACCCAUCUUUCAACCAGCAGAGGGCGCUAUCAUGGAAGUGCAGGAGGAUGCCAAAGUGGGGGCGCUGGUUGGUAUCGUCACUGCCAGAGAUCCAGAUGUGAAGAAUGAACCCGUCAGGUUCUCCAUCGAUCGGACCACAGACCAAGAGAUGAUCUUCCAUAUUGAUCCCGAUUCGGGAGCCAUCACACUGGGCAAGAUUUUGGACCGAGAGACCGCAGGCUGGCACAACAUCACUGUGAAAGCUGUAGAAGCAGAUAACCAUACCAUGGCGUCCCACUCAGCAGUGAGUAUUCGGAUUCUGGAUGUAAAUGACAAUCCUCCUGAGCUCGCCACACCGUAUGAAGCCUCUAUAUGUGAAGAUGCCAAACCAGGCCAGCUAAUUCACACCAUCAGUGUGGUGGACAGAGAUGAGCCUCAAUCUGGACAUCGCUUCUACUUCACCCUGGCCCCUGAGGCCUCCAGCAAUCGACACUUCACGCUGUGGGAUGUCAAAGACAACACAGCUGGCAUCCGGACCCAGCGGUCAGGCUUUAACCGCCAUGAGCAGAAUGUGUACUUCCUGCCUAUCUUGGUGGUUGACAGCGGGCCUCCCUCUCUCAGCUCCACAGGCACCUUGACCAUUCAUGUCUGUGGCUGCGACACCGACGGAGCCAUCCAGUCCUGCAAUGCCACAGCCUAUGUAAUGAGUGCUGCUCUCAGCCCUGGGGCACUUAUAGCACUACUGGUCUGCAUGCUCAUCCUCAUAGUCCUCGUCUUGCUGAUCCUGACCCUGAAACGCCACAGGAAGGGGCAGAGGAUGGCAGAGGACGAGGAAGACAUGAGAGAUAAUGUCAUCAAGUACAAUGACGAGGGCGGAGGGGAGCAGGACACUCAGGCAUACGACAUGAGCGCCCUGAGGAACCUCUAUGACUUCCCAGAGGCCAAGAGCUGUGACUCUGGCCCGGACAUCCGCUCGUUGCCGCAGUGGAUACAGGCAAACCGAGUGGGCGGCGGUGCAGAGGGAGCUGCGGCAGCAGCGGCAGACUUCUCCCUAUUCAAAGGCUACAUCCGAAAGAAGGUGGAGCAGGCCGAUGCUGACCUGUCAGUGCCGCCCUAUGACUCUUUCCAGACGUACGCCUUUGAGGGCACCAGUUCACCAGCGCUCUCACUCAGCUCCAUCCACACGCUGUCCACCACCUCGGAGCAGGAUUUCUCUUACCUAAGCGACUGGGGACCACGUUUCAGGCAGCUGGCGGGCUAUUACGCUCCAGGCAACCCUGACGAGGAAGGUUCCUAG